AUGAUAAAAGGACUUCAUCAAGUGUCCCAGCAAGUCUCGAGAGAAUCCAGCAUUGUCCUCGAUAAUCAGAAGAGUAUGAAUUCUCCCGUGGAGGGACCAUCACCUACAACGCUAGCGUCUUUUUGGAACGGGUUGAGAGCAGAAGAACCCCGGCAUCUGGAUUGGCCACUCGUGCCGCCCAAAGCCAGCUUCGGCGCGAGGUCACAGCAGAUGCGGAAGCGGAGAUCUUGUGAUCGAUGCUACAAUUACAAGUAUAAAUGUGCUUUCAAAUCAUCCGCCGGCACGUGCACACAAUGUGAGCGCUCCAGAGUCGUCUGCACAACAUUACGUUCGCGACUUCGGCCAGGUCGCAAGCCAGCCCCUGGACAAGUUGGUCCCAAUGGGUCCGUCCAUGUAUGGGAUAUCGGUCAUCUGUCUGGCGUCGACGACAACAGCCAACGAGCCCAAGACACCCAAAGCCCUGCAUUAGAUUCUAAUACCGAGCUUGGCAAUAGGUCAAACGAAUUCCCCCGCCACGGUUCCGAUAAUAAUCGACAAAUUAUCGAACUGAGCACGGCGGCUCAAUCACCGCCAAAACUGUCAAUAGCUCUAGAGGUGUGCUCGAGUGCCUCCCUAGAGCGCCUGUUCCUCCUUCAGAUAUCCAAUGUCAGUUGCUUUUACGCGGCCAAUGACAUUUUUAUGAUCGGACCGACCUUUGCUCCCAGUUUCCAUACCGCUCUUCGAUAUACACGGGACUGUUCGUCGAUCUCAUUGGAGGGUGCCUACCGAGCAAUGUCCACUGCGCUCAUAUGGGCACGACAUCUCGCCGUUUCGUGGGAUCGAGUCGACAUAUCCGGGAGCGUGCUCUCGCUGCGGGAACUCCGCACCGCAAAUAUCUGCGGCAUUCUGGAGGCUUUGGCCGUCACCACUUUGGGCCAGACAUUGGCGGCUUUCGACGUAAUUACCGCAUGUAGCGGGCGGUCAGCAAUGAUACUGCGCCACAGCUUGACCUUGAUCAAGCCCUGGUACCCAGCGCUAGCGUCAACUUCGGAAUUCGAUUCCAUUACCAUUACACCCAUAUUCUGGGACACGGUGCACUGCUUGCUAAGACGUGAAUUGCCAGUGGUCAAAUACAUUGCCAGAAGAGAAGCUCAUGUUGUUGAUCGAAUGGCCGGACUGUGCACCGGUCUAUUGCCCAUUCUCUACGACUUGUGCGUUACGCACAACGAGUUGUCGCAGACCGCCAACCGCUCCGAAGAGAAAAUCGUCACUUUGCAAAGAAUUACGGAAAGGUUGUCUUCAUGGGUUCCGCCGUUGCCACUGGAUCAUAUCUGCCAUUUCUCUUACCUGGAGAUGGCUGCCAUGAGAGCCCAGGCUCGUAUGUACCGUUCGGCCGCAUUACUGGUCAUUCAUCGGAUUAUUCAUCCGAUUGGGAGUGAGGAUGGUAUCGCCAAGUUGUAUGCUGACAGUAUCUUGCUCACACUGUCGACAUAUAUCGCUCUGGCCGGGCCAGGCCGGAAGCUUCAGCACGUUGUCUUUCCUGUUUUCGUGGCCAUGCUCGAAACUCGGAAUGCAUCACAAGAGAUUUGGAAAAGCCUGUCGUUGCUGAGUAUCACUCCCAUGUGCAUGAAUAAGCUGUCAGCCUUCGUUGAAUUCAACUGGGAGAAACGGCACUCCGGCUUCACUGGAUCUAUUUUCGAUCUGAUUGGAAGUGACCCAGGUUUUGUUAUUGUCCCAUAG